GUCGGGUGUUAUUUAAACCUAUCCCUUUCUCCAUUAGCCCUCAGAGUCUUAGACUCCUAUCAUAUGAUGUUCGGAUUCGAUUCUGCAGGCCGUUAAUAUUGAACAUCUUUGUCUGAGUGAUAACAUCUUGAACCUGCUGCCCUGUUUUGAGCUUAAACGGAGUCCUCAACAUUGUAUUCAUGGCUGACACUUUGUCUCAACCUGUUGAACGACAAGUUAGAAUAGGUGCAGAAAAAAUUGAUAUAUAUAACUCGGAGGAUGAGAAGAAAAAAAAGCUUGGGUCUCUUAAGAAAAAGGCAUUGAGUGCCUCUAGCAAGUUUAGACAUUCAAUGAGAAAGAAAAGCAGAAGACAUAGUAGAGUAAUGUCGGUUGUUAAUAUAGAGGAUGGCCUUGAUUCUGAAGAGCUGCAGGCAGUGGAUGCAUUCCGCCAAGCACUCAUCUUAGAUGAAUUACUGCCUGCUAAACAUGAUGAUCAUCAUAUGAUGCUAAGAUUUCUUAGGGCCAGGAAAUAUGAUCUUGAUAAAGCAAAGCUCAUGUGGGCUGAUAUGCUCCAAUGGAGGAAGGAGUUCGGGGCUGACACGAUAAUGGAGGAUUUUGAUUUCAAGGAAUACAGUGAAGUGGUUAAGUAUUAUCCGCAAGGAUAUCAUGGAGUUGAUAAGGAUGGCCGACCUGUUUAUAUUGAAAGGCUUGGCCAAGUUGAUGUUAACAAGCUGAUUAAAGUUACAACAAUAGACCGCUAUUUGAAGUACCAUGUAAAGGAGUUUGAGAAGACCUUUGCUGUUAAGUUCCCUGCUGCAUCCAUUGCUGCCAAAAAGCAAAUUAACCAGAGCACAACUAUAUUGGAUGUGGAAGGAGUGGGGCUUUCGAGCUUCAACAAGUCUGCAAGGGAGCUCCUUCAGAGCCUUCAGAAGAUUGAUGGUGACAAUUAUCCUGAGACAUUGAACCGCAUGUUUAUCAUCAAUGCUGGCCCUGGAUUUAGGAUGUUAUGGGGCACAGUUAAAUCGUUCCUUGACCCGAAGACCACUGCAAAGAUCCAUGUUUUGGGUAACAAAUACCAGAGCAAGUUGCUUGAAGUAAUUGAUGCAGAUCAAUUGCCAGAGUUUUUGGGGGGUACCUGUAAUUGUGCUGACAAAGGCAGUUGCAUGGUCUCCGACAAGGGUCCAUGGAACGAUCCCGACAUAUUGAAGAAGGUUCAAAAUGGUCAAGGCAAGUGCACAAGGAAGAAUAUAACAGAUGUUGAGGAGAAAACGAGUGAAGAGGACAUGAAGAAGAGCUGCCAUGCAAAGACAGCUACAAUGCCUGAAAAUCCCAUCAAGAGAAAGACCCAGAGCUCCUUUGCCUGUGACAAGUUUAUGCCGCUGGUUGACAAGGGUGUACAUCCUUCCUGGCCUAACGCUGAAAAUUUUGGCAUGCCCAAAGAUUGUUUCCAGACGAAGGAUGUUAGGAUGGCUACUCAAGGAAUGGGCACCAACAUCUUCGGAGGAAUUGUGGCCUUGAUUAUGGGAAUUAUAGCGCUGGUUCGCUUGUCCCGCAAAAUACCUAGGAGACCGACUGAACCUCUUUUGUAUGGUAGUCAAGUUUACUAUGCUAACCCAAUGAUCACAGGCCCUGCCGCUCAACAAGCACCACCUAUUAAUGACGCUGACAUCUUUGCCAUGAUGAAACGCAUGGCUGAAUUGGAAGAGAAGGUGACUGUACUUGUCGACAAACCAGCAACGUUGCCACCCGAGAAAAAGGAGAUGUUGAAUACUGCUUUAAGCAGGGUCGGCACCCUGGAACAAGAGCUAUCUGUAACUAAGAAGGCACUUGAGACAGCCAUUGAUAAACAGCGGGAGCUUCAGACCUACAUUGACAAGAAAAAGAAGAAGAAGAAGUUUAACCCAUUUCGCUGGCUAAGAUGAAAAUUGGGUGCUGGAUGGCGUUGGUGAUAUGCACUGAGAUUUCAGCCCAUAGAUGUAUUGCUUGCCUAUAUUGUUUUGCUUUGUAAAAUAUUCAAUUCCAAGCCCCUUUAAGUCAAGAGUUAAGCAACAAUUAUUGGCUCAAAUGGUGGUCUUCUUGGUUGGCCCAAGUUGUAAUGUUCUUCAAGGUUAAUUUUGUGAUUUAAAAAGUGAAGAAAAGAACUGCUCAAAUCUUAGCU